AGAUUAAAACUUUGCCACUCCUUCGAUUAACUAAUGUAAGAAGAAUGGCAGCUUUCAUCCUUGAUGUGAUUGGGUUCCUUCAAUGAAAUGCUUCAGUCACCCAAAAGAAACGGUGGGAAAACUACUCAGAAGCCAACUACCCUUCAAAAAAUACAACAUGAAGGAAACUGAAACUGGUAGCAGUGACCUCACUCCACUUUUAGCUGAUGCCGAUUCUCUGGAAAAUCAAUCUCCAAGAGGCCUUGCAUCAGUUUCUGGUGCGGUGUUUAACAUAUGCACCACAAUGGUUGGAGCUGGAAUCAUGUCGAUUCCAGCCACUGUUAAGGUUUUAGGCAUCAUUCCAGGCUUUGCUGUCAUGUUCAUGAUUGCAGUCUUGGUUGAUAUCACGGUGGAAUUCUUGCUGAGAUACACUCAAUCUGGCAAGUCAACAACCUAUGCUGGAUUAAUGGCAGAAUCGUUUGGAUCAUUGGGUUCCCUUGCAGUUCAAAUCUGUGUUAUGGUCACUAACCUUGGGUGUCUCAUCAUUUACUUGAUUAUCAUUGGGGAUGUUCUGUGUGGAAAUGAGUCUGGAGGAACCUUGCAUUUGGGGGUUUUACAAGAAUGGUUUGGCAUUCAAUGGUGGAACUCUCGUGCUUAUGUUAUACUCUUUGUUGUGCUCUUUGUUAUGCUCCCAUUGGUCUUCUUGCCACAUAUGAAUUCAUUGAGGCACAGUUCAGCAAUAUCCAUUCUCCUUGCAGUAGUAUUUAUAGCCAUAAGCUCAGCAAUGGCAAUUUAUGCAUUUUGGAAAGGGAAAACUCAAAACAUGAGACUACUACCAGAUUUUGCCAAUCAAGUCUCUAUCUUUGAUCUUUUCACUACUGUUCCAGUCCUUGUUACCGGCUUUGGAUUCCAUGUUAACAUUCAUCCCAUAAGAUCAGAACUUAGCAGACCUUCUGAUAUGAGCUAUGCUGUAAGGAUAUCUUUAGCAAUCUCCAUAGCCAUUUACUUCUCUAUAGGUUUCUUUGGAUACAUGCUCUUUGGGGAAUCCAUCAUGUCCGAUAUCCUAGUGAACUUCGAUCAAAAUUCGGAUUCCGCAAUCGGUCAACUCGUAAACAAUACGGUUCGAUUAAGCUACGCAAUGCACCUAGCACUGGUCUUUCCCGUGAUUAAUUUCUCAUUGAGAACUAACAUUGAUGAACUCCUCUUUGCAAAGAAGCCUGUUCUAGCCAAAGACAAGUCGAGAUUCACGAUCCUCACUUGCCUACUGCUCGCCCUUACGUACACAAUCGCCAUAGUCAUACCGAAUAUUUGGUACUUCUUUCAGUUCCUAGGAUCAACAACUGUUGUUUGCCUCUCAUUCAUUUUCCCAGGAGCCAUUGUUCUCAGGGAUGUACAUGGCAUAUCGAGGAGAAAAGAUAAGGUGAUGGCGAUUUUGGUGAUAAUCAUGGCUAUUUUGACAAGCAUGAUAGCCAUAGCUACCAACUUGUGGACCGUGGGGUAGUUAAUUGAAGCAGAUUUUAUCAUAUCAUCACCUGAUCAGCAUAUCUGCAUAUGUUAUCCUUAUGUGAAACUAUCAUAAAGAUCAUUAUGUUGAGCUGAGAAAAAAGAAAAGGAAAAAAAACAUCAUCAUAAUCAUUGAUGCCUCCUCCUAAUACCCCAUUAUGAUAAGAACACAUCUUGUCAUAGAAAAGAUGGUUUGAGAUUAAAAUUUUCUUUAAUAUUAUCAUUUUUUUCUUCUCAAUUAAUCAUAUCAUUUAUUUUCUUA